GACUGGCGGUCAUCAUGCUUUGGCGGUGCUGCUCGCUUUCGCAUAGGAUAUUCGAUAGAUUCUGCGUGGCAGAGUUGAAGUCGCUACAAACAAGCGGGCGUCUGACAGACUUUGCAUGUAACAUCAAUGCCAUGUUGCUGCUUCGGCGCUGUUCAGGUCUGACUUCGUUUGGUCCCCUCGUGCCUCUAAGACCCCGUGCAUCCGUUGCUGCUGGGUGGUGCGCGGUUCGUCUCUUGGGUGGCAACAGCAAAGACCAGAGAUGGGAGAACGCUGGACACGGUCUGAGCUGGAGACGAGCUUUGGCGGGUCUCCUGGCUGGGACAGGAGCUGUAUUGGCUUACGGCCUCAACCAUCAUAAGGCGGAGCGGGCAGACGCUGUUAGCAUACCAGUCACUGCACAGAACUCCCAAUUUCCCGUCUUCAGUCAAGAAGAGGUCACCAAGCACCGCACACUGCAAGAUGGUAUCUGGGUCACUUUCAACGGCGGCGUCUACGACAUCACCGAGUUUGUCGCGAUGCACCCCGGCGGAGAUAAAAUCCUGCUGGCGGCAGGUGGGGCCCUCGAACCCUUUUGGGCCCUCUAUGCCGUGCACAACCAGGAGCAUGUGCUAGAAAUCCUCUCGGAAUACAAGGUUGGCGAAUUGCGAGCAGAAGACCAGAAGAAGCAGCAAAGUGCGACGUCAUCGGAUCCGUACUCGUCGGACCCCGUGCGACACCCUGCCCUGCGCGUCAACAGCCUUAAGCCCUUUAACGCUGAGCCGCCACCCGAAAUUCUCUCAGACAGUUACGUCACGCCAUCCGCUAUCUUCUUCAAGAGGAACCACCUGCCCGUCCCUCAGGUGGAUCCAGCGUCCUAUGAACUGCAGGUGGACGGCCUACCCGGAGGGGGUCUCAAGCUCUCCUUGGAGGACUUGAAAAGCCGCUUCCCCAAGCACACGGUCACGGCCACGUUGCAGUGCGCGGGCAACCGACGCUCCGAGAUGAACACAGUCAAGCAGGUGAAAGGACUGAACUGGGGCAUCUCUGCCAUUAGUAACGGCGUGUGGGCCGGCGCCCGUCUUCGGGACGUGCUGCUGGCGGCCGGCUACGGUCCAGACGCGGCGCGGUGGGCGCGCCACGUUCAGUUCGAGGGACUGGACAAAGACGUGACGGGGACAACUUAUGGCGCAUCCAUCCCUAUACACAAAGCAGUUAGCGAGGAAGGCGACGUGCUACUGGCUUACGAAAUGAACGGCGAGCCUCUUCCGGCCGACCACGGCUUUCCGGUUCGGGUGGUGGUGCCCGGAACGGUUGGCGCUCGGAAUGUCAAGUGGCUGUCCAAGAUUACGGUGAGCGCAGAGGAGAGCGGUAGCCACUGGCAGCAGAACGACUACAAAGGUUUCUCGCCGACCACCGACUGGGAUACCGUCGACUUUAAGUCCGCGCCGGCCAUUCAAGAACUUCCCGUCCAGUCGGCCAUCACCGUGCCCGCGCAAGGCGCCUCGGUCCCCCGCGCUGACGAAGAAGUGACGGUUAAGGGCUACGCUUGGAGUGGCGGAGGACGAGAAGUGGUGCGCGUCGAUGUAUCUCUGGACGGAGGGAAGACGUGGCAGGUGGCCCGGCUGAGGAGCGGCGACAGCGGGGAAACCCUAGAACCUCCCCCACCGCCGGGGAGAGCCUGGGCCUGGAAGCUUUGGGAACUGACGGCCCCGCUUCCCCCAGAUGCUCGCCAGCUGGAGAUAGUCUGUAAGGCGGUGGACAAUAGCUACAACAUGCAGCCCGACACGGUUGCUCCUAUCUGGAACCUUAGAGGUGUGCUGAGUAACGCCUGGCACAGGGUGAAGGUCACCAUCAGUGACGAUGAACAAUAAACCUCAUCGGACCACUGAUGACAACCCGGCUGGAUGUUCCGUCUGCAUUUUAACUUUGCCGAAUGGGUGCAAUUGUGCAGAUAGGUUCAUGUGGAAUUUUGAAGUUGUACAAGAAUUGGAGUGACUGAGCCAAAAUUAGAAAUGGAAAGCCCUUUGAGCUUUUAUUUGAAUGUCUUGUGCAACAUUAGGUCCGUUUACUAGUAGUCAGCAUGGCUCAGCUGGUAGAGUGUCUUACUUUGGAAAGAGUACUAGCACAUGCACCUAAAGCUGGAUCUCAAGGACAAUGUAGUAGUAAAUUAUCAAAUGUUUUUUUCCGUACCUCACACACACUUGGAAGGGAAGUGUUACAUUUUUGUUUAUAGCAAAGAAUAUCUUUCAUUAAACGUGGCUUUGCAAGGCAAAGGCCCAGAUAGUAAAAUUCCUUUUUUUUUUUUUUUUUUGAAAGGCGUUUCUUCGGCGCGGUGCACAGCCCAAACCGUUUGACCGACCGUCACCGUUCAACUAUCAAAAUGACCGAAACCUUCACGCGACGCAGGAAAUUUUUGGGAAGAAUUUGCCAAAAACUUAUACGGUCCCCCCAAAAUUUGCAAAAAACUGUCCCAUUCAUUUCUAAUGAGAUGCCUUAGACAGCCAUAUACACUCACCGGCCACUUUAUUAGGUACACCAUGCUGGUAACGGGUUGGACCCCCUUUUGCCUUCAGAACCUCAAUUUUUUGUGGCAUAGAUUCAACAAGGUGCUGGAAGCAUUCCCCAGAGGGUUUGGUCCAGAUUGACAUGAUGGCAUCACACAGUUGGUGCAGAUUUGUCGGCUGGACAUCCAUGAUGCGAAUCUCCCGUUCCACCACAUCCCAAAGAUGCUCUAUUGGAUUGAGAUCUGGUGACUGUGGAGGCCAUUUGAGUACAGUGUUGAGAACAUUGUCAUGUUCAAGAAACCAGUCUGAGAUGUUUUCAGCUUUAUGACAUGGCGCAUUAUCCUGCUGAAAAUAGCCAUCAGAAGUUGGGUACAUUGUGGUCAUAAAGGGAUGGACAUGGUCAGCAACAAUACUCAGGUAGGCUGUGGCGUUCCAACGAUGCUCAAUUGGUACCAAAGAGCCCAAAGAGUGCCAAGAAAAUAUUCGCCACACCAUUACACCACCACCACCAGCCUGAACCGUUGAUACAAGGCAGGAUGGAUCCAUGCUUUUAUGUUGUUGAAGCCAAAUUCUGACCCUACCAUCCGAAUGUCGCAGCAGAAAUCAAGACUCAUCAGACCAGGCAACGUUUUUCCAAUCUUCGAUUGUCCAAUUUCGAUAAUCUUGUACAAAUUGUAGCCUCAGUUUCCUGUUCUUAGCUGAAAGGAGUGGCACCCGGCGUGGUCUUCUGCUGCUGUAGCCCAUCUGCCUCAAAGUUCGACGUACUGUGCGUUCAGAGAUGCUCUUCUGCCUACCUUGGUUGUAACGGGUGGUUAUUUGAGUCACUGUUGCCUUUCUAUCAGCUCGAACCAGUAUGGCCAUUCUCCUGACCUCUGGCAUCAACAAAGCAUUUCCGCCCACAGAACUGCCGAUCACUGGAUAUUUUUUCUUUUUCGGACCUUUCUCUGUAAACCCUAGAGAUGGUUGUGCGUGAAAAUCCCAGUAGAUCAGCAGUUUCUGAAAUACUCAGACCAGCCCUUCUGGCACCAACAACCAUGCCACGUUCAAAGUCACUCAAAUCACCUUUCUUCCCCGUACUGAUGCUCGGUUUGAACUGCAGGAGAUUGUCUUAAACCAUGUCUACAUGCAUAAAUGCACUGAGUUGCCGCGAUUGGCUGAUUAGAAAUUAAGUGUUAACGAGCAGUUGGACAGGUGUACCUAAUAAAGUGGCCGGUGAGUGUAUGUCCAAAUUUCCCAUUCAUUUCAAUGGAAGGGAAAAAUAGGUCCUUGUGGUUUUUGACCAUUUACCAAGAAAGCCCAUUGACAUAUAACUGGCGCCCAAGUCAGUCGAUGCCAAUGACAGGCACUCACGUACAUUCCAUUGACGGCCAUGUACGACCAAAUUUCCCAUGUUCAAUGGCAGAAAAACGUAUGGUUGUGAUUUUUGACCAAAAACAUACCAUUACAGCCUAAUGACAUUCAAUGGGCCCCCAUGUAAGUCCAUGUCAUUGACAGCCAUGCAACAGGACGUGUCCCGGAAAUGUCCCCGAAUAAUCAGGAAAUGAUAUCAAUAGGGCGUUUCCCCGAAAUGUCCCCAAAUCAAAAGUGACCUGAUAUCAACAUAACGUGUCCCCCAAAUAUCCCCAAAUCAACAAGUGACCUGAUAUGAACAGAAAAUGUCCCGCGAAUGUCCCCAAAUCAACAGGAAGUGACUUGAUAGCUCUGUAUCCAUCACAGCAAAGCCCCAUCUUAAUUUCUCUAGAAACUGCAGUUUCUAGUUUCAAAUGUUCUCGUUGAAGUUCUGAUAAGUACUUGAAAUUUAAAAAUGGUAACUAAUGAAGUGAAAUGUUAGAUAUUUUAAUACAUGUCUAAACUGCUAGGCAUGGCUUAUCUGUCGUUUUGACUCUAUGGAUAGAGAGCACAGCAAUUAUAAAAAUGAAGAUGAUUUGCUGUGUCAGAAAAACAUAGGAAAUAUUAAACCUUUGUUCCUUUUUGAAGUUUCAAUAAAGAAUUUUGUAUUCCCUUAAUGUUGUCAUAUUGUAUUAAUAAGCAGUGAAAGAUGCUGAGAACACAAUAGUGGGGUUAAUAUGGGAAAUGUUCAUUGUCUUUGAAGAUGAUGAAUCAACAGAUUUUAAUGUUAUACUUGAGUCAUUGUGAUGAUUUCAACUGGUCAAAAACAAACCUGCUUUGUCAGUACUUUUAUUAAAGUGGGUGUUUUUCACCAUUUACUGUACAUGAUAGAUACAGUGAGGAGCAGAAGUAUUUGCACCCCUUGCAAUUUUGCAAGUUCACCCACUUAGAAAAUAGAUAGUGGUCUGAAAUUUCAAUCAUAGAUGCAUUUCCACUCAGAGACAUAAUCAUCAAAAAAUCUAGAAAUCACAUUGGAUGAUUUUUUAAAAAAAUAAUUGUAAUUUACUGGGGUUCAUAAGUAUUUGUACCCCUGAGAAUCAGCAAUAAUUAUGACAUUCAAAGAGUUGUCAGUCUACCUUAAAAAAUUGGAAAGUCAACUGGAAAAAGUCAAUUGGAAAGCAGCUUAAUGAGAAUAAAUCAACUGUUGCAGCAAUUGUUAGAAAAUGGAAACGCCUAAACAUGACUGAUAAUCUACCUCAGACUGGGGCUCCAUGUAAAAUCUCACCUCUUGGGGCAUCACUCAUGAUGAGAAACGUGAGGGCUCAGUCUAGAACUACACGGCAGGAGCUGGUCAAUAACCUGAUAAGAGCUGGAUGCACAAUUUCGAAGGCUACUGUCAGUAAAACACUAUGGUGCAAUGGUUUAAAAUCAUGCAUUGCUCAGAAGGUUCCUCUAUUGACGACGCCAGUACAUGCGAAGGCCUGUCUGAAGUUUGCCAGGCGCCAUCUGAAUGAUGCAGAGGGGUCAUGGAAGAACCUCGUGGUCAGAUGACUUUUUGGUGCAAACUUUACUCGUCUUGUGUGGAGGAAAAAAAGGAUGAGUAGAAUGCCAAGAACACCAUCCCCACUGUGAAGUAUGGGGUGGAAACCUCAUGCUUUGGGGCUGCUUUUCGGCAAAGUGGACAGGGGGACGAGGAUGAAUGGUGAAAUAAAUAUUCAGAUUUUGAGCCACAACCUCCUACUCUCAGUCAGCGACUUGAAGAUUAGUCGUGGCUUGAUCUUCCAACAUGACAAGCUGACCAAGGAGUGGCUGCAUAAAAGGUUUAUCAAGGUUCCCUCAGUCAGAGAGUCGUGGCUGGAUCUUCCAACAUGACAAUGAUCAGAAGCACACAGCCAAGCUGACACAGGAGGGGCUGCGUAAAAAACAGAUCAAGGUUCUGGAGUGGUUCAGCCAGUCUCCGGGCCUCAAUCCAAUAGAAAAUCUUUCGAUGGAGCUCAAACUUCGUGUUUCCUAGCGACAGCCCCGAAACCUGACAGAUCUAGAGAAUAUUUGUGUGGAGAAAUGGGCCAAAAUCCCUGUUUCCAUAUGUGAAAACCUGGUGAAGAACUACAGAAAGCGCCUGACCUCUGUAGUUGCAAACAAAGGGUUCUGCACUAAAUAUUAGCACUGAUUUUCUCAGGGGUACAAAUACUAAUGAAGCCCAGUAAAUUACAAAUAAAUUAUUGAAAAAUCAUACAAUGUGAG